AUGACGCGCAAGGAUUCCGAUCCUGACUUCUAUAAUCCUACCGAGGAUCAACUCCAGGCGUUCGAGAACCUUAAGGAGUGCAUGAUCGCUCCGCCGAUCCUCGCGUUGCCUCGGCAUGGACGACCGUACAUGAUCGACACCGACGCGAGCGCCUACCAACUAAGCUGCACACUGCUUCAAGAGCACGACCAGCCAAACGAUUGGCGCCCCGUUGGGUAUUGGUCUUACUCGCUGAACGACAGCGAACGAAACUACAGCGCUACCGAGCGCGAAUGCUUCGCCGUAGUGUGGGCUGUCCGCACACUACGGCCGUACGUUGAAGGCACGAAGUUCACCGUCCGAACAGAUCACGAAGCCCUGAGGUGGCUCAUGUCCCUCACCGAGAGUUCUGGAAGACUCACCCGGUGGCAGCUACGUCUGGCUGAAUACGACUUCACCAUUCAGUACCGCCCCGGGCUCUUGCACCAGGUACCGGACGCCCUGUCACGCCUCGUGUCGCCGAGAGUCGCCGACAAACCUCGCCCCAGCGUCGAGGUGGAUGACGACAUUCCCACCUUCGACGCGGGCACGACCGUUCGAGACGUAUCGAACGAGCUCGCGGGCCACGUUUGCAUCGCGAGCUGCGACCACGAGGUCGAGCACAUCUUCGCGACGACACGGAACCUAGCCAGCUCACGAAGAAGGUCGCGCGCCCGAGCGCGCCACGAGCCGAGGGGCGACGACGAAGCCCCCGCUCUCCAAGGACCCAAUUCGUUCUGGCAGGAGAAUGACGAGUUCGACGCCACCGACAUCGAGCGCACCGCAGACCACGAGGCUGGCGCGCCCGACUCUUCGGUCGCCCCUCUGCAGGACGACCUUCCGGCUUCUCUUACGAUAGAGGAGAUUGCCGAAGAGAAACGCGUGGAUGACUUCUGCCAAACCGUUUUGGCACGACGGUCAGAGUCCCGGGACUCCGCGUUCUUGGAGGACCACCAGGGGGUGCUCAAACGGAGACACCCCUUCGACCCUGCUAUCGUGCAGGUGGUGGUACCUCGGACGCUCCGCGCUGGGCUCCUUAGCCUGUGCCACAACCCGGUCAUCGCAGGGCACCCGGGCCAGAACCGUAUGUACUACGCGCUCCGUCGCGAGUACUACUGGCCCCAUCUGGCCGCAGAUGUUGCCGCCACGGUGCGAGGUUGUCGAACCUGCGCGAUGAACCCGGUCAAGCUGAGGAAACAUCUCAACCGAUUGAGAUUGUUUCCAGCUACGAGGCCGCUCGAGAGUCUGGCCAUCGACAUCUUGGGGCCGCUCCCCAAGACGAAGUCAGGAAAACGGUUCCUGCUCGUGAUCACGGACCGCUUUAGCAAGCUGACGCAAGUCGUUGCGUUUCGCACGAUAACCGCAUACACCGUCGCAGUUGCGUUCUGCGAAUCGUGGGUGUUUAAGUACGGCGUCCCGCGCACGUUGCUGUCGGAUAACGGACCGCAGUUUAAUGCCAAGUUUUUCCACAGCACGUGCCGUGUUCUGGGGAUAACCAAUAUGUACACAUCGGCGUACCAUCCCCAGACGAACGGGCAAGUCGAGCGAUACAACCGAACGAUCGCUGCGAUGCUACGCAACUACGUAGGCGAGCAUCAAGAUGACUGGGACAUGUACGUGGGGCCGCUUACGUAUGCGUAUAACUCCCACGUACACCGCACCACCAACACGACGCCGUUCGAGCUCGUGCUCAGCAGACCACCGCCGGAGUUCUCUCUUCGACGAAUCGACGGUGACGUUGCCCCUGCCGACAGGGGGAACCAACGUGCCGAAUUCCUCAAGACCUUGAAUUCGACAAUCCAGAGGGCCUACGGGAGCCUGCGACGGACGCAGGCUCGCUACAAGCGCGACUUCGAUAAGCGCAUACGACGGAUCAAUUCGCGACUCCAUCCGGGAGAGUACGUAUACCUCAACCCCACCGACGGGGGGAAGACUUCGAACAAGCUUGCGUCCCCCGCAGUCGGACCCUACCGCGUCCUCGCGAACGACCACCGAACCAUCACGAUCGAUCGUGAUGGGGUCACUGAGCGGGUCUCCGCAGAUCGUUGCGUAUACGCGCCACCGCCGACGGACGCACUACGGGCGAGCACAACAACCCCAGCUGACCUCGCCGACAAGGUCAGAGAGGGGACACAGUACGCUGUCGAGCGACUACUGAAGCACCGGGAUAUGGAAGACGGAACUAUCGAGUUCCUCAUCAAGUGGGCGGAUUUCGACACGCCCACCUGGACUGUGCGGACUCACGUCCCGGAGGAGUUGGUGUCUCGUUACGCCCAACGCCUCCGGAAACGCACCGGCAUGGACCUCAACUCAAACGUGAACGCGGACGUUCACGCUUGA